CUUCGCCGCGCCGCAGCCCGCCCGGCCUGCGUGAAUUCCGAGGCGGCCCGCUGUGUAGAGACGCCAUGUACCGGCUCCUGUCAGCCGUGACUGCCCCGGCUGCCGCCCCCGGGGGCUUGGCCUCGAGCUGCGGAAGACGCGGGGUCCAUCAGCGCGCCGGGCUGCCGCCGCUUGGGCACGGCUGGGUCGGGGGCCUCGGGCUGGGGCUGGGACUGGCGCUGGGGGUGAAGCUGGCGGGUGGGCUGAGGGGCGCGGCUCCGGCGCAGCCCCCCACGGCUCCUGACCCCGAGGCAUCGCCUCUGGCCGAGCCGCCACAGGAGCAAUCCCUCGCCCCGUGGUCUCCGCAGACCCCGGCGCUGCCCCGCUCCAGGUGCUUCGCCAGAGCCAUCGAGAGCAGCCGCGACCUGCUGCACAGGAUCAAGGAUGAGGUGGGCGCACCCGGCAUAGUGGUUGGAGUUUCUGUAGAUGGAAAGGAAGUCUGGUCAGAAGGUUUAGGUUAUGCUGAUGUUGAGAACCGUGUACCAUGUAAACCUGAGACAGUUAUGCGAAUUGCCAGCAUCAGCAAAAGUCUCACCAUGGUUGCUCUUGCCAAGUUGUGGGAAGCAGGGAAGCUGGAUCUUGAUAUUCCAGUACAACAUUAUGUUCCCGAAUUCCCAGAAAAGGAAUAUGAAGGUGAAAAGGUUUCUGUCACAACAAGAUUACUGAUUUCCCAUUUAAGUGGAAUUCGUCAUUAUGAAAAGGACAUGAAAAAGGUGAAAGAAGAGAAAGCUUAUAAAGCCUUGAAGAUGAUGAAAGAGACUGUUGCAUUUGAGCAAGAAAAAGAAGGCAAAAGCAAUGAAAAGAAUGACUUUACUAAAUUUAAAACAGAGCAGGAGAAUGAAGCCAAAUGCCGGAAUUCAAAACCUGGCAAGAAGAAGAAUGAUUUUGAACAAGGCGAAUUAUAUUUGAAAGAAAAGUUUGAAAAUUCAAUUGAAUCCCUAAAAUUAUUUAAAAAUGAUCCUUUGUUCUUUAAACCUGGUAGUCAGUUUUUGUAUUCAACUUUUGGCUAUACCCUACUGGCAGCCAUAGUAGAGAGAGCUUCAGGAUGUAAAUAUUUGGACUAUAUGCAGAAAAUAUUCCAUGACUUGGAUAUGCUGACAACUGUGCAGGAAGAAAAUGAGCCAGUGAUUUACAAUAGAGCAAGAUUUUAUGUUUACAAUAAAAAGAAACGUCUUGUCAACACACCCUAUGUGGAUAACUCCUAUAAAUGGGCUGGUGGUGGAUUUCUGUCUACAGUGGGUGACCUUCUGAAAUUUGGGAAUGCAAUGCUGUAUGGUUACCAAGUCGGGCUGUUUAAGAACUCCAAUGAAAAUCUUUUACCUGGAUACCUCAAGCCAGAAACAAUGGUUAUGAUGUGGACACCAGUCCCCAACACAGAGAUGUCCUGGGAUAAAGAGGGUAAAUACGCAAUGGCAUGGGGUGUGGUGGAAAAGAAACAAACGUAUGGUUCUUGUAGAAAGCAACGGCAUUAUGCUUCACAUACUGGAGGGGCAGUGGGUGCCAGUAGUGUCCUGCUGGUCCUUCCUGAAGAACUGGAUACAGAGACUCUAAAUAACAAGGUUCCCCCGAGAGGAAUCAUUGUUUCUAUCAUAUGUAACAUGCAAUCUGUUGGCCUCAAUAGCACUGCUUUGAAGAUUGCCCUUGAAUUUGAUAAAGACAGAUUGGACUGAUAUCUUAACACCACAGGUGCAAAAUGAGGGUUUUUUUUAAACAUCAGUGUUCCAAAACAUAUGAAAUUUUUAAGAAUAAAUUUGAAAUAGAGUAUAAUUGAAAGCAGACAAUUAUGCACCUCUAAUUGCUUAAUUUUGUAAUGGUCUUUUAUUGUAGAAUUAGUUCUUUAUACUCAGGGAAGUAAUUCUAUUGUUUUUACUUUUUGAAAAAAGUGUUAACUCUUGAAUAAAAUAUUCUGAUAAAAUA